UUUCCUUCGAAAGAAAGCAAUCCGGAAAAACAAACGCACGCCGAUCUCGCCGUCUAAAGCCAUGGCCGGCCGAUUUGGCUUCUCAUCGUCUUCUCAGGCGACCAUGAAGGUGACUUCGACCCCAUCCACCGAUCUCGCUCUCACCAACCUCGCUUACGUUUCGUCCUCCGAUCUUACCAACUUCGCCGUUCCUGGCUCCAAGCUUUUCCUUGCUCUGAUCGGCAAUUCAUUCGUUCUCUCUCUUGGUGCCCAUCCAAGCAUAAGCAGCGGAGAAAUUGCCCUAAACGCAAUCCAGCGUCGGCACGCUAAGGUUUCUACUGGUGAUUUGGUAUCUGUGUCGAGGUUUAUUCCGCCUGACAAUUUUAACGUGGCGUUGCUCACGCUGGAGUUAGAGUUUGUGAAAAAGGGGACCAAAAAUGAAGAGGUUGAUGCUGUUCUCCUGGCCAAUCAGCUUAGAAAGAGAUUUGUCAACCAGGUUAUGACGGAAGGACAAAGAGUAUCAUUUGAGUAUCAUGGUAAUAAUUAUAUUUUCACGGUCAGUCACGCUGCUGUGGAGGGACAAGAAAAGUCUAGUGCUCCUGAAAGAGGGAUGAUAUCCAGUGAUACAUACAUUGUUUUUGAAACCUCCAAUGCAAGUGGAAUAAAGAUUUUCAAUCAACGUGAAGCUGCCAGUAGUAACAUCUUCAGGCAGAAGGAGUUUAAUCUUCAGUCACUAGGUAUUGGUGGCUUAAGUGCAGAGUUUGCGGAUAUAUUUCGAAGAGCAUUUGCUUCUCGUGUUUUCCCUCCACAUGUGACAAAUAAAUUGGGGAUAAAGCACGUGAAGGGCAUGCUGCUGUUUGGACCGCCUGGUACUGGAAAAACUCUUAUGGCUCGUCAAAUUGGAAAAUUGUUGAAUGGAAGGGAACCGAAGAUUGUUAAUGGACCUGAAGUAUUGAGCAAAUUUGUUGGUGAAACGGAAAAAAAUGUGAGGGAUCUGUUUGCUGAUGCUGAGAAUGAUCAGAGAACUCGCGGGGACCAAAGUGACUUGCAUGUCAUAAUCUUUGAUGAGAUUGAUGCUAUUUGUAAGUCGAGAGGAUCAACUAGAGAUGGUACUGGAGUUCAUGACAGUAUUGUAAACCAGCUACUUACAAAGAUUGAUGGUGUAGAGUCUCUGAAUAAUGUUUUGCUCAUUGGAAUGACCAACAGAAAGGAUCUACUUGAUGAAGCUCUUUUGAGACCAGGACGGUUGGAGGUUCAAGUUGAGAUAAACCUUCCUGAUGAGAAUGGUCGUCUACAGAUUCUUCAAAUUCAUACAAACAAAAUGAAAGAGAACUCCUUUCUUGCUCCUGAUGUGAACCUUCAAGAGCUUGCUGCUCGUACAAAGAAUUAUAGUGGUGCAGAACUUGAAGGUGUUGUGAAAAGUGCAGUAUCAUUUGCUUUGAAUAGGCAACUGAGUAUGGAUGAUCUUACCAAGCCGGUGGAUGAAGAAAGUAUUAAAGUGACUAUGGAUGACUUUUUGACUGCACUUCAUGACAUUGUACCUGCAUUUGGAGCAUCUACAGAUAACCUUAGACGAUGCAGGCUUAAUGGUAUGGCUGAUUGUGGUGACCGACAUAAGCACAUAUAUCAAAGAGCCAUGCUACUUGUAGAGCAAGUUAAAGUGAGCAAAGGAAGCCCGCUUGUCACCUGCCUUUUGGAAGGACCUAGUGGCAGUGGUAAAACUGCGUUAUCAGCUACCGUUGGCAUUGACAGUGACUUUCCUUAUGUCAAGAUUGUCUCAGCUGAAUCAAUGAUUGGUCUUCAUGAGAGUACGAAAUGUGCACAAAUUGUCAAGGUUUUUGAAGAUGCAUACAAGUCACCAUUGAGCAUAAUCAUCCUUGAUGAUAUUGAGAGGCUGCUUGAGUAUGUUGCUAUUGGACCUCGCUUCUCAAAUAUUAUAUCUCAAACACUUUUGGUCCUCCUAAAGCGGCUUCCCCCAGAUGGGAAAAAGCUUAUGGUGAUUGGGACCACAAGUGAAGUAAGCUUUUUAGAUUCAGUUGGUCUUUGUGAUGCUUUUGCUGUUACUUAUCAUGUACCAACAUUGAAGACUAGUGAUGCGAAGAAGGUGCUACAACAAUUGAAUGUCUUUGCUGAUUACGACAUUGAUGCAGCUGCCGAGGCACUAAAUGAUAUGCCCAUCAAGAAGUUGUAUAUGUUGAUUGAGAUGGCAGCCCAAGGCGAGGCAGGUGGAUCUGCUGAAGCAAUCUACUCCGGUAAAGAGAAAAUCAAAAUUAAUCACUUCUAUGAGUGCAUUGAGGAUGUGGUCCGGUAUUAGUUUCUAUGGCAAUUUUUUUAUGAAGAGCUGAAAAUGACCAAAGAUCCGUAUAUUUCUUACUUUUGAGCCUUAUGUAUUUGUAUGUAAUAUGAGCCUCCUUUUCAUUUUCCCCCAAUUUUUAUCGAGUAAUUCUCCAUGCUAUCCACGUUUUUAUUGCUGGUGGA